AUGGUGUCCGAAUCCGGAACGCGGUCGCGCGGCCGCAGGGGCAGCCGGACCCCCAUGUCCAGGGACUCCCGCUCCCCGAGUCCUCGCCGCCGCCAGGACUCUCGAUCGCGCUCUCGCUCACGCACACGUUCCCGAUCCUACUCGCGUUCCCCGAGCCCGCGGCGCAACGGACGCUAUCGUAGCCGAAGCCGGUCCUACAGCCGCGAUCAGAGCUGGAGUCGCAGCCGUAGCAGGAGUCGGGAUAGGGGUGAUGGCAUCAAGAGUACAAAGAUUGUCGUGGAGAGAUUAACCAAGAACGUAACGGAGGACCAUCUACGUGAGAUCUUUGGCCAAUUCGGGCCCAUCGAUGACCUGGACCUGCCAAUGAACAGGCAAUUCAACUCCAAUCGCGGGACCGCCUAUAUCCUAUACGUCGACGAGUUGGACGCCGAGACGGCCGUGGCCAACAUGCACGAAGGCCAAAUUGACGGCGCCAUCAUCAACGUUUCCAUUGUACUCCCGCGCCGCAAGAUCUCCCCGCACCCCGACGGCCCGCCGUGGUCGAGGUCACCCCCUCGGGCCCUGGAGCUCGGGGAGGUGGAGGUGGAGGUGGAGGAGGAGUGGGAGGAGGAGGAGGUGGUGGUGGUAGAGGUCCAGAUCCCCACCCCCGCGCCGUGA